CCCGGUUCAAUCUCCGCUCGGGCGCGCGCCGGCCGCUUCGUCGGAUGCUGUGAACUUUCUUGCAACUUGUCCAUCAACUCCGUCCAUCCUCUGCGACCAAGUGCUUCAGGAUGGCAAAGAAGAAGAAUAAACAGAUCAUCCGCCCCUGGUGUUGGUACUGUGAGCGGGAAUUUGAAGAUGAGAAGGUUCUAAUGCAGCAUCAGAAGGCGAAGCAUUUCAAAUGCAACCUGUGUCCCCGCCGUCUUAACACUGCAGGUGGACUCGCCGUUCACAUCCAACAAGUCCACAAGCUCGAGCCUGAGAACCUUCCUCGUAUCGAGAAUGCCUUGCCUGGCCGCGAUGGAUAUGAAGUGGAGAUUUUCGGUAUGGAGGGUAUCCCGGCGCCUGACGUUGCAGACUACAAGCGCCGCAAGGAAAUCGAACUCGGUUUGAACCCGGGCACGAUCUCCCAGCCCCAAUCCAAGCGGCCAAAGCUUGACAACCGCCCGCUCACCGAGGAAGAGCUCCGCGCGCAGCUCGAGGCGCACAAGGCGCUCAUGGGUGGAGCAGAAAAUGCUGCCCCUGCUGCUGCAUCAGAUGCCUCCGGCGCUGUCUUCGGUGCGCCCCCGCAAGCGUACUCCGCGCCCCCAAUGCCGGCACCCGGAUACAUCCCGCCGCCAUCAGCGUCGCCGGGAGUCCCGCCAGGCAUGCCCCCAGGUGCGCCCCCUUUCCCUGGAGCUAUUCCGCCCGCUGGUUUCCCAGGCUUCCUCCCACCGCUUGGCAUGCCGGGGCCUCCUCCUGGCAUGAGCCCUCCACCAGGCUUCCCAUACCCGCCGCCCUUCCAAGGAUCUCCACCACCCGGCAUGCCAAUGCCAGGUGGCCUGCCUUUCCCUCCUGGCAUGCGCCCGCCCUUCCCGCCUCCACCUUUCUUGCCUCCAGGUGUCUCGCCGCCCGGAAUGUCGCCAUCGCCCGGUGGCAUGUUCCCUCCUGGCUUGCCUCCGACUCCUUUACCUCCUGGUGCAUCCCCGCCACCGCCUGCCGUAACAGGUCAACCUGCGUCGCUGCCUCCUGCUCCAGGCCAGCCUGUUCCUCCGUUUGGGGCUCCCGCUGCGCCUGCUCCUGUACCACAUGCUGCUGCUAGCCCGGCGCAACCGGCGCCGCCACCAGAAGCGCCAGUUCCUAAGGUCAUCCCGCAGCUCACUUUGCCUGAUCCUAACCUCGCGCAGACGAACCCGCCGUUCAAAAAGCCGACGGUGCUCAAGUGGACGGAUCCGAACUUUUCUCCAGAGGAACACCGUGCCCUGCAUCCUCAGUACUACUUUGCGAAAGACAACAAGGAGAACGCUAUUGGGAGCCACGGACAAGUGGCGGGUGUUCCUGCGCAGGAAGAGUCGAGAGGCAAGAAGCGGGCGAGAGCGGAGGAUUUCUUGUAGAGCGUCGUCAGGUCGUAUAUUCUUUUCUCUCCUUGUGACCAUCAUAUCUGCGCAGACCGUUUCACAUCGUUGACGGAGAUAGUGAAAGAGGAAGAGGAGAAGUGAGGAGAGGAUGAGGCGCAGGCACCGGAGGCUCAUCAGUCC